UGUUAAUUCGUUUUUAAAUAAAAAUCCCUUCUUUAGUCCUCUUUUUUGUCUGUAAAUCUAUAUGCCCGUAAGAGUGGCCAGCAUCAUCGCCAUUCACCAACCCAUCUCUCCAAGAAACAAGAAGAAUCGUAUAAUACAGCGAGGAUAAAGAGCUAGAAGAACACUUUCUUUCUCCACUUUUCUUGUUUUGGACACUAUUCCUUAAGGAUCCCAGUUUAUGAAACCCUAAGCCUAACGUUUUCGUGAAGCGAGAGCUGGUAGAUUUCAUCCACAUUUUGAGGAAGGAGGAGAAAGAAGGGUAGUGUGUGUUUGUUUCCUUUGAGAUUUGCUUAAAUGUCACAUUUAGAUGAUCCUCCCUCCACUCCAGGAAAGUUCAAGAUGGAAAAGUCCCCGUAUUUUCACAGGGUUCGAUGGCAUUCCUCUCUCGCGAAGCUCACGUUUUGGUCUCUCGUGUUCUUAGGUCUGAUUUUUAUUUUCUUUUUCCGAUCGCCACCAUCCGGGUCGCUGCCUUCAGAUCCAUCUCGCCGUUCCCUGAGAACGAGCGGAUGGGGUGGUUCCGCAUGGGAGAAGAGGGUUCGUUCUUCUGCAAAAGUGAGGUCUCGCAAUGGGAUAUCAGUGCUGGUUACCGGAGCCACCGGAUUCGUCGGUACCCAUGUCUCGGCAGCUCUCAAACGCAGGGGUGAUGGUGUACUUGGCCUUGACAAUUUCAACGAUUACUAUGAUCCUUCUCUGAAACGCGCUCGCCAAGCUCUUCUAGAGCGCACCGGUGUGUACAUUGUUGAAGGUGAUAUCAACGAUUCAGCGCUUCUUAAGAAGCUAUUCGAGGUUGUACCAUUUACCCAUGUGAUGCAUCUGGCUGCUCAAGCUGGCGUGAGGUAUGCAAUGGAAAAUCCUGGAUCCUAUGUGCACAGUAAUAUUGCUGGUUUUGUGAAUCUACUUGAAGUUUGUAAAUCAGUAAACCCACAACCUGCAAUAGUGUGGGCAUCUUCUAGCUCUGUUUAUGGACUUAAUACGAAGGUGCCCUUCUCAGAAAGAGAUAGAACAGACCAGCCUGCUAGCUUAUAUGCUGCAACUAAGAAGGCUGGGGAAGAAAUUGCUCAUACAUAUAAUCAUAUAUAUGGCCUUUCCUUAACAGGAUUGCGAUUCUUUACUGUUUAUGGACCUUGGGGUAGGCCUGAUAUGGCAUACUUCUUUUUUACAAGAGAUAUUUUGAAGGGGAAGUCGAUUUCCAUAUUUGAAGCGCCUAAUCAUGGCACGGUUGCGAGGGAUUUUACGUACAUUGAUGACAUUGUGAGGGGUUGCUUAGGAGCAUUGGAUACUGCAGAGAAGAGCACUGGCAGUGGUGGGAAGAAGAGAGGGCCGGCUCAAUUGAGGGUUUUCAAUUUAGGGAAUACUUCACCUGUGCCAGUCACAGAACUUGUGAGCAUAUUGGAGAGGCUCUUAAAGGUGAAGGCGAAGCGAAACAUAAUGAAGUUGCCACGAAAUGGUGAUGUGCAGUUUACUCAUGCAAACAUUAGCUUCGCUCAGAGAGAACUUGGGUAUAAGCCUACGACAGAUCUGCAGACUGGUUUGAAGAAAUUUGUUCGGUGGUACCUCAAUUACUACUCUGGUGGGAAGAAAGCUGGUGGUUGAUGGAUUCUCUUAGCUGUGUGGUAGGAACAUUGAAUUCUUGUUCAUUAUGAUUGUUGUGAUUGUCCUUUAGUGUUUCUCUUAACUGCACGAUCAUAUUGUGUUUCAUAUGUCUUCAUGAUGCCACGUAAGGAGGGACAUUGUUUCUUACACUGAGGAAGUUUUGUCAUUGAUGGAGAUCAUUUCCUGGAAUCUGUAACAAAUAUCAAACAAACUAUUCUUCUCUCAUUCUUUUUCCAGAAUGUAAUUGUUCUAGUUUCAGAAAUGUAGCAUUUAUGACCGAUAGACCAUAUGCUGAUUGGUGGCAGUGUAUUAUUCUUAUGCAAACUCAAUAAAAUAGCACACUAAAAUUUGAUUCC